GCAAAAUCUUUUGUCAAUUCAAUAAGAGGCGGACAUAGUUUGUUUAUUUUAAGAAAUCGAUGAUAAAUUACUAUUACUAUGAAUAAAAUCUAUUAAAAUAUAAAUUCUAAAAGUGAUUCCUGAAGUAUGAAUGUAACACCGGAAAAUAUCAUUGUGAAUUCCUGCGAAUACACGCCCGUUUAUUUGAUACCAAGUACUAGCGUCACUCAGACUAGUUCGUAUAUUAUAACACCGAAUAAUCAUGACCUACAAAAACCCAUCACGGAUAACCUGAAAACGUUUUACGAAAAUAGCGGCAAUUUGGAGAGUAGUCUGUUGAGCAGUCCAAAGCCGAGAAUACUGAAGAAGCAAACCACUAAUAUUGUUGGAAAUAAUUUGAAAUUAGCCAGUUUCCUGUUACCUAAAAGUGAAUGUGUAAGUACUGUGACCGUUCAGACAAAGCAGUACAGUACAGUGAACUUAACUCCUGUGAAUAAUGUGAUAGUGAAGCCAGCUGUAGCUCAAGUGGCUGCCGUGAGUGCCGUCAAUAACACUGUGGAGAGUACCAACUCCAUCCCUACGGUCCCAAGAGUUGAGAUUGAUAGGAAGAUAGUUCGAGUGGGGACCAUACCAAACACUACCCGCACACAUUAUGCCAGAUCUGUGCCAAAGAACAAACCAAAAGAGAAAAUUGAUUCAAAUGUAAACCCAUCCAAACAUACAUCUGUACAAUUGAUAAAACUUGGAGAGACAUACCAUAGUCUUAAUCAACUAAGUGAAGAACAGAUGAAGAUUGUGAACAAAGCGCUCAAAAUAUUCAGUGACCCGGAGAAAAUACCAAAGGAACCAGCCUACGAUCCUGUUACCAAUACCAAGUUCAUUUACAAAGUUGUAUCACCCAGAGAUCUCACAGUUGUUGGCAGAAACAAAGUUGUGGUGAAAAAGAAACAAAAUGAAAUUAAGAAACCUUUAGAUUUUAAAAUAGAUGAGGAAUCUGAAGCUCCAGUAAAGAAACAAAAUGUAAUUAAAAAACAAAAACUGACAGAUGCAAAAAUAACUGAGGAAUCUGAAACUCCAGUAAAGAAACAAACUAUAAUUAAAAAACAAAAACUAACAGAUACAAAAUUAACUGAGGAAUCUGAAACUUCAGUAAAGAAACAAAAUGAAAUUAAGAAACAAAAAUUGAUAGAUUCAAAAAUAACUGAGGAAUCUGAAACUCCAAUAAAGAAACAAAAUGAAAUUAAAAAACAAAAACUGAUAGAUUUGAAAAUAGAAGAGGAACUUGAUAUCCCAGUUGAGCCAAAAAUUACAAGAAGUGGUAGAACAGUAAAGCUUCCUAAACAGAUGCGAUCUGGAGAAUCUCCACAGAAGCCCAAGAAGAAAAUUGGCAAUGUUGUCAACUGCUUUCAAUGCUCUGCUGAGUUCUGCAGCUUCUACCGCUUGCAGCGUCACUACGAGAACUAUCCCACUCACAUCCCGGCACGCAUCCACUCCAACCUGUUCCACUGUCUACAGGCCAUCAUAAAAGGAGGCGGCGACCAAGCAAACAUCUUCAUACAGCAACUGGAACAACUCAUUGAGAAGAUCAAGUCACUGCUACCAUGUCUGUUGAAGAAGAUAGACGGGCGGGAAGGGAAUGUAUGCACCAUCAAUGACGAUAUUGGCAGACUAUUUGGCAUGAAUGCUGGUAAAUACAAUCUAAAUAUGGAUGCCCUCAACUGUGUGAAAGAUAAAGAUGGACACUGUAUACAUAAUCCAGCUCCAAAGAACAAUCAAUUUAAUUCUGAUGUAAGCAAACCUUCUCAACUUUGGCUUUCUAAGCACAAAGAAGAAAUCGCGAACAUCGAAGCUGAGGGCGAAGACUGCGCAAGGAUCAACUCAGUUGACAAAUGGCCCACGGUUACAAAGAGAAUAUUGAAACUGAAACAACAGAAACGGAAAAUUAACGCGAAAAAGAUUCGGCUCGCCUCUGAGGGCGAACAACACAUAGAACUAGGCAUGGAGGAUUUAGUUACAUUUAGUAAACCAAAUGAAGAUAGUGCAAUAAAUAUAAGUCCAAAUGAUACACUGCAUGAGCCCAAAAAGGAAAUUGUUGAAACUCAAGUUCAACCAGUAGUGGAAGAAACAGUGAACAGUGCAAUUUCUACAGACCAAAGCAUUAAGCCUAAAACACACGCACAAUUCCGCAGCACCCAUUUUGAUAUUCGUUCAUCUCCUAUAAAACUACCAUCAGCGUUGGUGCGAAAAUUUCAACUGAAUCCAGAUAAAAUGAGCAACUUUGAAGUACAAAUUUUACAGCCUUUAGAAUCUGAAUCAGAAAACCAGCAGGCACAGACCAACUGUGAUCUAGAAGAAUUACUUAGAGAUAAUGUUGAAUUACAAAAAGAUACUGAUGUACAUAGUGAAUUAAAUUUUGGCACUUCAAAAGAUUGGACACUAAGUGCUGCCAAUGAAUCAUCUGAUGAUAGUUUCAUGAAAUCGAGUAUAUUAUUUGAUCCAACAUUAACUCCUGCAAAAAAUAGUGGGCUGAUUGAACCGCCACUGAUGCAAGUAGCAGAGGAUGAGACAGACUGUUUAUUUGACCCUUUAUCUAAAGCUAGGCAGUUGGUUGAUGCUACUUUUAAACAAAGCAUUGAGAAAUCUGACGAGUUGAUGGCACCUUCACUGUUAUAUGGGAAAGAUAAGUCUAAUAGUUUGUUUGGCACUGGCCAAACAUUAUUGCAUAAAAAAGAAGAUGCAAAUGGCUUUUAUGAACCAUCAAUGCAUGUGAAACCAAAAUGCAAUAGUUUGAUAGGGUCAUCAGUGAUGCAGUUAAAGAAUAAGAAUUUCGAAUCAGCUUUAUCUCGUGUCAAGGAAAGAGCAAAUAACUUAUUUGACUCUUCAUUAUUAAGAUCAUCGAAUAACUCUAAUGAUUCAGAUCCCUUGAUACACGAUAAAGAGGAAAGCAGCUUCUUUGAUACUGGCAUGUCUCAUAUAAAUGAGAGACAAAACAAUUUGUUUGAUUCAAGUUUGCUGGAUAUAAAAGAUGUCAAUAAUAGUUUGUUAGGACAAUCAUUAGUACAUGAUGACAAGACAGACAGUUUAAUUGAUCAAUCUUUAACAAACUCAAAAGUAGAGGGAUCUUCUGUAAAUAUUGAUGUAAAUCCAGAUGAAAGUCCAAGUUUGUCCAACCAAGGUCAAUCAGUGUUGAACUUCUUAGAUUCAUUGGGAAAUGAGUCAUUAGGAUUAACAUACCCUGAGACUGAGAUUAGAAAUAGUGCAGUAGAUUUUCAGUUGGAUCUAUUCUCUUUUAAUAAUUCAUGAUAGGCUAAUUGUAGAUAUUAAUUACAUGUAAGUGAUGUUUAUUUAGAACAAAUUAGUAUAAUAAAAAAUAUAUUUUUACAG